AUGGCCGUUACGCCGACCCAAUUCGCCAAGAAGACGGCGCAGUCGACCAGCUGGUCGGAUGCGAAGCGUCGAGUCCUUUCUUCCUACCGCGAAUGGAUCCGAGCUGCGCCGGAAAUCCAGACCAUGUACAAUGUCCCUCUACCCGUCUCGGCCCUCCGGACGCGGAUCCGACAAGAGUUUGAGCGACACCGAUUCACGAACCAGCUGCCCGUAGUCGACGUCCUCCUUUUCAAGUCCCACGCAGAAUACCAGGAGACUAUGAACUUCUGGAAGCAGCAGACGCACAUCAUGGCUUACUUCAGCGACAACUUUAGAGGAGACAAGAGGCUCCCGUCCAGCUUCAUGUCUGGCUUCUUAGAGGGCCGAAACUAG